AUGAAUUCUUUGAAGAAUAGAACAUUGCUUAAGGUUAUUGUCCUUGGAGAUAGCGGGGUAGGGAAAACUUCGUUGAUGAAUCAAUACGUGUACAAGAGAUUUAACCGGCAAUAUAAGGCUACAAUCGGAGCAGAUUUCGUCACCAAGGAGCUUCAUAUUGAAGAAAAACCUGUCACGUUACAAAUAUGGGAUACUGCGGGACAAGAGAGGUUUCACAGUCUAGGAUCCGCAUUUUAUAGAGGUGCUGAUUGUUGCGUUCUUGUCUACGAUGUGAACAAUCUCAAGUCUUUUGAAACUCUCAAUAAUUGGCACAUGGAGUUCCUCAAACAGGCAAAUCCAUUCGAACCUGAGACAUUUCCUUUUGUUUUGAUCGGGAACAAGACCGAUGUAGAUGGCGGAAAUACCCGAGUUGUUUCAGAUAAGAGAGCCAUUGAAUGGUGUGGCUCAAAGGGAAACAUACCAUACCAUGAAACCUCUGCAAAGGAAGACAUCAACGUGGAUGAAGCUUUUUUGGGUGUUGCACACAAAGCUCUCACCAAUGAACGUAAACAAGACAACAUAUAUUUCAGAGACAUAUCUGCAUCUGUUACAGAGAUGAUUGAGGAUCAGCCAAGAGGUUGUGCUUGCUAA